CGGUGUUUACGCACAUCCAAGAUGGUAAAUCCCUCUCUCAUCCAAAAAGUUGAAGAGCUUCCACCUCGUCCGUAUUGUGCCAAGAAUGAAAUUAUAGUCACACUAAAAGACAAUAAGAAAGUGUGUCUGGACCCCACACAUAACUUUGCCAAAGCAGUCCUGGCAUCAACGAAAAAGAAUAGUGGAAAACCAGCUAAAGUCAGAACCACCACAGCAACAACGACCACAACUACAGCUGCGACUUCACUGUCAACAUCGUCAUAAUGACCAUUUUUACAUUUUUUUAUUGUCAUCAGCGCAGAAAACUCAAACAAGUGAAGACGAAUAAAGCUAGCUAUUGUGACAUAACAGAAAUAAAUAUUCAGCUAAAAUGAGCCUGAGGACGAUUGCUGCUAAUGCUGGACUGAAGAAUCUUGAGAUGUUUUUGGUUGAUUUAAAAAAAUAUAUUAAUUGUAUGCUUCUACUUAUUGUGAUUUAUAGAGCCAGCAAUGCUUUAAAAAUCUAUAUCUAAACACAAAAUGUUGCUAAAAUAUUUAACAUUUGUCUGCUUGAAGGAAAUGAAACAAUUUUCUACUUUACCUCUGUGUUUAAGGCUGAAAUGAUUAAGUUCAGGCACUGGAUAUGCUGUAUUUUAAUUAAUUGAUUUGAAAUGAAAUUAAAAAAAAACAUUGAUCAAUAACUGUUUUAUCGUGUCAUGUUACCUCUUUUAUGAAGGGUUUUAAAAUGAAUACGUCCAGAAGCUCCCAAAUAGAUUUUAUGUUCUAGUUUGAAUUAUGCUGAGCAGUUGGCCAAGACCAAGGGUCUCCAAACUGAGACUCUCUAGCCUCGUGUGGAUCUUUCACUCCUCUUGUGUGGCUCUCUGGUUAAAAAAAAGUAAAAACAUUUCAGUCUGAAAAAUAAAGUAUUUUUUGAACUAAACACCAAAACAAAACAGUUAAUCUCGCUGAAAUAAAACACGUUUUUGGA